AUGGAGGAGGAGGGUGCUGCGGCCUCAGACAGCGACAGCGACGAGACCAUCAUUGAGGGGUCGGUGACAGACAGCGACGAGGAAGGCGAGGCGCUGCACUGGAGGAGGCUGUACUUUGACCAAGAUACAUCUCUUAGACCCGAGUUCAGUUUUCAUCCUGGCACAAAUGGAAUGGGACAAGGCUUAUCUUCUCCUGAGAUUCCACUUGGGCUCACACUCAGAAAGGACUCACAAGAGCAAAAGAACAAAAGUGAUGUGAUGCCGAUUCUUAGCGAGGAUACAAUAUUACAGACUAUAGAAGAUCCAAAGCCAUUUGGAUUGCAAAUUUUGACUCAUGAAAAUGUCAUCUCUUCUGAGCCACUAAAUAAUGAAGGGAAUUCAAAUGCUGUGAAAAACACCUCUGUCUUAAAAACUCCUUGUAUUCUAAGAAGAUCAUCUAGACUGGAGAAGCUUAAAGCAGACAGAGAUGCAAAGCAUAUAGAUGAUACAUGCAAGAUGACAGAAACAAUUUUGCUAAAAACACUUAGCUGUGAAAAUCAAAUAAAUAAAUCUUCAACUAAGAAUUUCAGAAUACAGGAUUCUGUUUUAAUGGAUAAAGGUAAAGGGAAGACUAUGCCUUCAUCCAGAUUCAAGAGUGACCAGAUAAGGAAAAAUGAACGACUUCUAAAUGAAAAGAGGAAGAUGAAUAAACUGUGUCCUGCUACCAUAAACCGGAGAAACAUUUUUGGAGAGAACUUACUGUACAUGGCUGCUCUGCGUGAUGAUGUUGAGCUUGUUCGAUGUUGUAUAAAAAAUGGUGGAAACGUUAAUCAGCAAAGUUAUGCUGGUUGGACAGCACUUCAUGAAGUUUGUGUAGGAGGAUUUUAUCGGACAGCAAGUGAACUAUUGAAGGGUGGAGCUGAUGUAAAUAUCAAAGGAAUGUACCAGAUUACUCCUCUGCAUGAUGCUGUAAUAAAUGGACAUCAUAAGGUGGUGGAGUUACUUCUCUUGAAUGGUGCUGAUCCAUUAUUAAGAAAUGAAAAUGGAAAGUGUGCUUUGGAUGAAGCCAAGGAUUCUUGCAUGAGAGAUCUCCUUGAGAAAUACAUUCGUAGACAUAAAAAACAUCGUACAUCAGCUCGAAGAAAAACUGCAGAUCCAGCACAUGUAGAAGAUGUAUACCAGUUUAAGAAACCUAAAUUCAGUUAUAAAGAUUGCAGUUGUUUUGUUUGUGAUGAAAAUUCCAACAGACAGAAGCCAGAACAUGUAACCAUCAAUAAAAGAAACAAAGGUUUACUUAUAAAUAAAAGUGAUAUAUAUGAAUAUUACCAAGAAAAUUCCAAUACCACAGAAUUUGGCAAAUCCAAGAAUAAAGAAUCAACUGUUAGCCAAACAUGCUCUAUGGGACACAGAAAGGGCUAUCUGUACAAUUUCAGAGAUAGCAGAACAAAUGUGUCCAAAACUAAAGGAAAAAGGAACCUGAAGAAACAUGAAAAGUCUCAAGACUCGCAAGUAGAUGAGGAAUAUUACAAUUCAAGACAAACAGCUAUUUCUUCUUCUGUUACAGUAGAUGAUAAGUCAGUUACACAUCAGCAGUUCACUGUCCAAAGCCUUGAUGACUUUCGUGAGGAGUCAUUUGGAUUUUCCACCCCAACUUUGUCAAGCUUGAAAAAUGGUUUAGGUAACAAUAGUGAGGCUUGUUCAGUUUCCAAAGAGUUGCACACUUUGGAUUUAUCAGAUAGUCAAGAAAUACAAUCAUUGGAAUUGAAAUCCAUUGAUCAAACUGAAGUUUCUUUGUUUUCAUUACAUAAAGAAACUGUAUUACCACUUGUUACUACAGAGGACCUACUUGAUAUUCCUCAAAAACAGUGUAAUAGUCAUUAUAAGUCCCUUGAAAAUAGUUGCACAUAUAAAAAAAGUAAGAACCUUAAUAAGCAGGAAAAUUCAUUCCAGUCCUUUACAAAGGACCAGGUUGUUAAUGAUGAUGUUGAUUUCAGUACCUCUGAGAAGACUAUAACAUCUGUAACACAGUUAUGUUACACAGAGGGUGAAAACCACUCUAAUUAUCAAGAGAAUGUAACAAAUGUAGAAGAAAUGGACUCUCAAGGAUCUUUACCUUCUGAAGACCAUCAUUCACAAAAAAAUGAAUUAAAAGCAGGUAGCUUGACCACACUUUCACAACAGGAGGAUGUUCAUUUUUAUGAUUCAGAUAGUACAGUCAUUUCUGAGCAACAUGCUGCAAAUUGUGGACAGUGCAUAUAUGAAACUCCUUUUGAUCAUUCACAUGUCAAUCCUAAGCAAACUUCCCUGCCUUGCAUUAGAAGAGUACCCUCAACAUAUGAAGUUUCAAAGAUUACUAGUCAUAUGGAAAUGUUCAAAAAACUUCAGGAUAAUGAUCUCAGAGGACAAACUCCUUCAGUGAAUCAAACAGAAGCACAUAAUGUAGAAAAGGAACAAGACACUGAAAGGAAUUACACUGUGACAGAUCCAAAACCAACUUCUUCAAAUUGCCCUUUCCCCACAACUGUCCAUUCUCAAGAAAUAGGAACAACCAGAGUUGGAAAGAUGAGGCCAAACUUUCCUGAACAUGAUUUCCUGUCCCCUAACAAAAUGGACAAAGGAUUGACCAACAUCUCACAACUUCAUCAAAAAGAAGAUAAAGAGACUUCUCACAAAUCAGAUGAAGAAUUAACUAGUAGUGCCAAAGAAUAUGAAAGGACUAUAAGAAAUUGUAAGAAGAAAAAAGAAAUGGAUUCAGAAAUUCAUGUGCCUCCUAAAAUCCAUGAACACAAAAAAGGUUGCACACCACUUCAUGAGGCAGCUAAUGAAGGAUUUAAUGAUAUAAUUGUGGAGUUACUAAAAGCUGGCACAAAUGCAAAUUGUGAAAAUAUAGAUGGAACUCUGCCCUUACAUGAGGCUGUUGCAAGCAACCGUUUAAAGGCAGCUGAGACACUACCAGAAUAUAGAGCACAUCCUAAUGAAAAAGAUCAGAAACAGAAGACUGCUUGGGAUGGAGCAGAUGAUGACAGAAUGAAAGUGUUGCUAAAAUCUUAUGGUCCUAGUGAGGCUGAUAAAGGGGAUGAGAGCACUUCUACAGUUCCUGUAAAAAUUCCUGCUGUCCAGCCAAAAAGGUAUCAACGGUAUGCUUGUGAUGGUGACAAAACUGUCCUUCCUUUGCUUUUACAUCAAACAAAAAGAAAUGAAAGCCUAUCUGUGCAUCAGAACAUUAAUGCUGUUCUUCAAGACAUUGAAGAAAAGCAAGAACACUUACUUGAAUUUGAAAUAAGAAGCCCUGAAGAUGCAGAACAAUACAUUGAAAAGAUGUUAGCAAUAAAAGAAGCUAUGGAUAAUGUGCUUGCCCAACAGAAAGCAGAAAGGGAUGCUCUAGCUAAAAAGUACAGGGUAUCCAUGGAGUCAUUUAAGCAUGGAGCUCUGAGAGAACAACUGGCUAACUUGGCCACAAGACAGAAGAGCCUUUUAGUUGUGGCAAAAAAACAUAAACAAAUAAGACUGAAAAUUCAAAACUAUAAGUCUAGCACAUCAUUUUCUGGUCUUAGUUUAAGGAAGUUGCCAUCUAGUUCCCACAUCACCAAUAAGAAGAAAAACCAGGAGCUCACCAGUCUGGAAAACUCAGUGAAUCCCCAAUCAGAUUCCCUUUCUCCUGUCAACCUUGCUUGUAAAAGCAUGAAAGAAACACCAUUGUCCCUUGAAACUUGGAAUGACAGCCAGAAUACUAACAUUUGUCUAAAUGAACAGGCAAUGAGAGCAGAAUUGAGUGGAAAUGAGAUGAAUUCUAAACAGAAUGACAAUGAUGCUACCGUGGCUGAAUGCUUGAAACCCACAUACUGUCAUGGCACUGAGAAGAUGGAACUAUCAACUCAGCUUGUAGCUUUUGUUGGUCAAGCAGAAUAUUCACAAGAAGGAAAUGAUCUUGCAGAAACCACAGCCAUAUGGCAUGGAGUCAGUAGUCCCCCUGCUGCUACUACUACUGACACAUUGACAUUCUCAGAAGACACAAACGUACUUUCUCAAAAUUAUGCAUGUCCAUCAACUGUUACUUGGGAUCAGGACCUUUUAUAUUGUGAUCUGAAAAGAAGACACAAGGGAACAGAUUCCCAGCAACCACUUAGAGAAAUAUCAGAAUCCCUGGCCCAUCAAGGGAUUGCUGUAUUAGGCAGUGAUACUGUUCAUCAGAUAGACCCAUGUCUGAACAAAACAGCUUCUGCUGUUUCACAUGCAAGUAAUACUCACGUUUCUUCUUCUUCUGGGUCUGACCAACAACAAACUAUUAAAAAGACUGCACCAUACACCACAGUUCCUAAAAAGAAAAGUAUGCAGUUAAAAGAUUUGAUAUCACUUGGAAGAAUUGAUCCAGGAAACGUUCUGGAAUUUAAAACAAAAGAGACUACCCACAAAGCCAGUAUUUUAUUGAGUGGCAAACUCAAGGUAGAAAAUGGUCAGAUUUAUCAAAAUCCAGUUACCUGGCUCAAGGAUCUUCUGGGAAGUGACAGUCACGUGACCUGGAAUUAUGCUUGGAAUAACGACCUCGCCGCUCCUUCCCAUGACAGCCGCAAGCGUGCACCCAGCGAGCCCGAGAUCCACCGAGCUUGGCUUUCGGGGACGGACACCGCCAGGAGUGGCAGAUGUGAGUUGCUUUGUCACAGUCUCGCGAGCGACUUUGAGCAAGUCACUUCGGCUCUCUGGACGUGGGCUGUCGUGUCUUUAAUGCGGGGACAGCAGCGAGCCUGA